GACAAAGCAUCUUGCGGCACUCAGCUGCUCGGCUGACGGCCAAUGCACGCUGAGGAAUGGGAAGCCCGACCCUCGCCUCCUACGGGAUCCUCCUCCUCCACUUCUUCCAUCAAGCGGAUCCAGCGAGAGCUGAAGGAGAUCAGCCAACAGCCUUCACGCCACUGGACUGCCGGUCCUGCAAAGGAUGACCUCUUUGAGUGGAUUUUCGCCAUCCGUGGGCCUCCGGAGACGGACUUUCAAGGAGGUAUCUACACUGGGAAGAUUGUGCUGCCAGUGAAUUAUCCUCUCGCCCCACCCUCGAUCACAAUGCUGACGCCCAGUGGCCGGUGGGAGGUGGGCAAGAAGAUUUGCUUGAGCAAUACGAACUACCACGCUGAACUUUGGCAGCCAGCAUGGGGCAUCCGCACCAUGAUGGAGGCUUUGCGGAGCCAUUUCCCAGCUGCCGGAGAUGGUGCCAUCGGUGCUUUAGACUGGCCCAGUGACCAACGCAAGCGCCUGGCACAGGACUCUUUGGACUUUGUCACCUUGCCCAACUCUUCUGGCCAAUGGUCCAAGAAGAACCGCGAACUUUUGCCAGAGCUGUCACCCGAGGAGCUCAAGGAGGAGCUGCCAGAGAAGCCAGUCGCUCCAGUCGAAAGCACAGAGGUUCUGCCAGCCGCCCGGCAGGAGCUGCCAGAGAAGCCGGUCGCUCCUGUCGAAAGCACAGAGGUUCUGCCAGCCGCCCGGCAGGCACCGCCUCGGGCUGACACGCCAGGCCCAGAGCCGCGUGUGGCUCCGAAGGCUGCGCCCAGGCGACGGCGUGAAGGAGACCGCCAGCAGCGUCAGCAGAACGUGGUGGUUCAGCUGCUGAAGCCGCCGUCCACUGGGAGGGGCCGCUUGUUGAUGUCCUUGAAUCUGCUCAUCGGGCUUGUGCUGGUUUCCUUCUCUGUCGUCUUGAUGGAUGUGGUCAGGAGCCCGCCGAGUCUUCUGAACCCCCCGCCGGAUCAGAAGGUCAAGAAGUAGCUCAGUCGUGCACUCGCAGCGAAUGAGCUAAGACCAAGGGCCUUGUUGCGCUGCGGAACCACAGAGUGUGAACAAACGCACUGGCAGACUGCGUAUGUUGAGCCACAUGCACUUCGGGUUUUCCGUCUUGCGGCGAUUGCCAACAUGGGACGCCUUUGGAACUGACAUGUCGAUAGCACGGCCUCAAGUUUCAGGCGUCUCAAAAGCUCGCCGUGCAAAGCCGGCGUAGAAACCAGGCAAAGCUUGCCUCAUUGG